AUGCUUCGAUUUACGCGAAAGUAUGGUUUCAAAGCUGUACAAGAGGAAUUUUCUCUUUUAUCCGAGUACAAACUGAAAUGUGGUCUUGAGAUCCAUACCCAACUUAACACCAAGAAUAAGCUCUUUUCGCACUCAACAAAUGACCCCUUUGCGUCUGCAAACGUUCCAAACCAUCAUACAUCAUUUUUUGAUGUUUCAAUUCCGGGAACACAACCAAAAUUAAAUUUGGAGGCUAUUCUUUUCGCAACGCGAUUGGCCGUUGCACUCGACAGCGAGGUCAAUUUAAGCUCACAGUUCGACCGAAAACACUAUUUUUACGGGGAUCAACCUCUAGGAUUCCAGAUUACACAGCAUUACAGUCCAUUUGCUAAAGGGGGCUCCAUGGAACUCACAAACAUAAUAGAUAGUAUUGACCAAGAUCGUUUGCAAAUCGACAUUCUGCAAUUGCAGAUCGAGCAGGACACUGGCAAGUCCGUUUACAGAGAUGCUGAACAAAUGUCACUCAUAGACUUAAACAGGUCCAACGUUCCCCUAAUUGAAAUGGUAACGCUACCGAACUUCUACGACCUCAAGCAAAUUCGAUCUUUCAUCAAAAAAUACCAAAAUCUGGUUCGUCAUUUGGGGAUUUCUACAGGGGAUCUUGAAACGGGUGCGAUGAGAGUGGACGUAAACAUGUCCGUUAAUGACAAUUGUCGAGUGGAGCUAAAAAAUCUGCCCAAUACUAGUUCCAUUAUGAGCGCCGUUAAGUUUGAAUACGAGAGACAAGUAGACAUAAUACGACAUGGACUUACAUCUUCUUUAUUGGCCGAGCCAGAGACGCGUGGCUGGAACGGUGCAGCUACAGUGAAAUUAAGAAGCAAAGAAACUACAAUCGAUUACAGAUAUAUGCCAGAUGCUGAGUUGCCACUCGUACACUUGUCAAAAGAAGCAGUGGCUGGUGUUAGAGCGUCUUUGCCGAAAUUGCCCGACAAAACCAUAAAGAACCUGAUGGCAGAGCCUUACAACCUGCCGCUGAAGGAUGCAAAAAUUCUCACUAUAAAUGCAAGUGGCCAUGAACAACAAUAUACCCAAAAAGAGCUGCUAGAUUUUUAUCUAGAGUCUUUCAAACUUUAUGUUAAGCAAGCCGGACAAAAGUCUUCGAAAUUGCUAACGAACUGGACAAUUCACGAACUCCUCGGAAACUUGAACAGACUCAAUUUACCCUUGCAUCAAGCAAUCAAAGUUUUGCCACCGCAUAAAUUUGCAGAGCUGAUAGCCUUGAUACAACAAGAAAAGAUUUCAAACGCCAGUGGCAAGCUUUUGUUAUUCCAUAUUCUUGAGCAAACCAAAGAUUCUCAAAUUACCCAGCCGGUCGAUCUCGAAGCUAUAAUAGAGGAAUUUGGUCUCAGUGCAGUUAAAUCAGUAGAUCAUGAGGAACUGAUGAGAAUGUGCUCAGAAAUUUUGUCGUCAGUGACCGAUCCGAAGAUGCUUAGCGGAAUCACGUCUGGGAAAAAAAAGAACUCUUUGAAGUUCCUUGUCGGUCAAGGGAUGCGUUUAUCUCAAGGGCGUGUGAAACCGAAAUUGUUCGAAGACACAUUCAAGAAACUUCUGAAUGCCAAUUGGUAA